AAGAAAACAAAUGAACCAAUCGUGGCGUGAAGAAAGAAGAAGAGGGCAGAUGCCGUGAGCAACGCGAGCGAUUGCAAGAUUUGUUUUACUGCCUGAAGCAUUUACUACCGUAGUUCUUGUUGCAUAUAAUUCAGUAAAGGAGCUCAACUUUCAAAGAAAAUGGCUCGUAAACGACGGAGUUCUGCAGACGGUCCGAAAAGCUCAGACUUGGAGGAGAAGAAGAAAAAAGAAAGAGGGAGGGACAGGAAGAAAAAGUCAACAGCUUCUUCAGCCAGCAGCAGUGGAAGUAGUAGCAGGAGUUCUUCAGAGAGCAGUUCUAGUUCUGGUUCAAGUUCUGGAUCAAGCUCAAGUUCUGGAUCAAGUUCACGUUCAAGCUCUAGUUCUAGCGGAUCGAGCAGUUCCAGUUCAAGUUCAGGAACUCGCUCCAAGGCCACUAAACGCAAAACAGGAAGUCGCAGUAGGAGCCGCAGCAAAAGUAAGACUCAUAGCCGCAGCAGAAGCAAGAGUGCAGAUCGUAAAAAUAAGAAAAAGGAAGAUGAUAAGAAAAAGGCAGCUGAAAAGCCUAAACCCAAGCCAAGAAGCAGGACCCCAUCACCUGUGAGACUUGCACGCAAGCGCAAAGAAAGAGCUCCAACACCAAGACCAGUUCGAGUUCAUAUUGGCAGAUUAACCCGGAAUGUGACAAAAGAUCAUGUAUUUGAGAUUUUUUCGGCUUAUGGUACUGUGAAACAAGUAGAGUUUCCUCUUGAUCGCAGCCAUCCAUUUGGCCGAGGAUAUGCAUACGUAGAGUAUGAAACUCCAGAUGAGGCAGAAAAUGCCAUGAAACAUAUGGAUGGAGGGCAAAUUGAUGGCCAAGAAAUUACAGCAGCACCCGUCUUGCUGCCCAAACCUCGUAUGCCGUUGCCACGCCGCAGUCCACCACCACAAGUGAGGCGACCAAUGCAGCGUUGGGGCCGGUCUCCCCCAAGGUUCCGUCGGCGCACUCCACCUCCACCCCGCCGACGACCCUCUCCUCCUCGGCGAAGACCGCGCUCUCGUUCGCGGUCGCCUGCUCGGCGAAGACGUUACAGCCGGUCAAGCUCAAGCAGCUCUCGUUGAGCAGUUCUCUUUACUGCUCCGAGUUGAGAGUCUGUGAAAGAGCUGAUCUCAAUUUCAUUUCUUUUACACUUCAUAUGAUGUACAUCUUUUUUGAUGUAUGAGCCUUUCUCCAUGUUCUGUCCUGAUGGGAAUUGAAAAUUUGUUCUUUGUUUUAAAGAUUGACUGGUUCAGUAGUCCUGUAGCCAUGGAAAAUAUUGAGGUAAUUUGUUUGUGAAGUUGGAGUUAAGCGUAAUAUCACUGAUGGAUUUGAUCAUUGCUUGGGUUCUUGCAGAAGGCUUACUGUUAAAUACCCUGAGCUAAAAUUCAGUUCAGAAAUGUAUUGUAAUCUAUGUCAAUGUAGUAUUUGAUUUUUGUUUGAGUCAGCUCCAGUUAGGAAGCCUUGUGAUUUGCACUGAGUAUUGCAUCUUCCAUUAUGAAAUCAUUUUCUAUCAAUAAUUUCAGGUUUUAAAAAAAUUGCUUAUCUUUUUGAAAACCUCUGAUAAGCCUGUUAUGUUAUUUCUUAUGAACUACAACAUUCUUUCACUUUAUUUCUACCUGAUAACAUUUGAAAAAAGAAAUAAGUCUGUGUAUGCAUGUGCGCAAGUUGAAUUGUCAAUAAAUAAAAACCACAGAAA